GUUUCAAGCCACUAGAAGUUUUUCAGCGUUUACGAGCAGCGUUUUGCUACUAUCGGAUAUGCGGUUGUUUGUGGAUGACAGGAUGACUGCACGCUAAUCGGAAGACAAAAAUAACGUAUUUCUGAUAAACGCCUAUCAUGUUACGUUACACUAAGUGAUACUGUUGCUGGAGAACUUUGAAAUCAGCUGUUCACUAAUAAAGAGUUUUGUUUUUAGUUAAAAAAAGAAAACAAUCACACUUUAACCAGCACACCUGCCGCAGACUGUCAUACGGGUUGAACCGGACAGACGCAUAACUGAGAGGUCUCUAGUGAGGCAUGUCUUUGGCAGAGCCAGAGGAGUUGAUCCUGAUCAGGGACCAGUAUGAGCGUGCGUUGGAGUGUCUGACCAGGGGCCUAGCAGCUGACCAGGCGGGGCAGAGGACUCAGGCUUUGGAGCUGUACAGCCAGGGUCGGCAGCACCUCACCCAUGGCUUGGGGGUCCCCACUCUGGGCCCACGACACCAGGGAGCCCACUGGGACAUGGCCAGGUAUCUCCAGCAGAAGAUGAGGACGACUCUGACCAACAUCAGCACUCGCAUUUCUAACAUGGAGGCAGCAGGGGUGACCAGGGAGCGCCGUGGGGAACCCGUGCUGGGGGACUUGGUGGAUGUCUCUGCCCAAUGCCUCUACCCCACCCUGGGGGCAGGGGUCCUGGCGGUGCCGGAGCCUGGUACCUCAAGCCCGUCGGGAGACCAGCCCCCGGCCUACACCCCUGAGCCCACCAAUGGGCAUCACAGCCUGGCUCACUGCCAAGCCGAUCGAGGGGGUCUGAGGGGCCAGGAGGAGGGGGGAGUGGGGGGCGGUGAGGAGCUCCUGGUGCUCCCUCAGGGGGUGCAGAUGUUUUUUGUGACGUCAGGAGGUGAGGUAAGCGCCCCAUCGUUCCCUGGCUACCUGCGCAUCAUCAGGUUCGGCGGCCAGCUCCAAAACAUGACCAAGGAAAGAGCAUCGGCCUUCCUUCACGUAUGUGACUGGCUGUACCCCCUCACGCCCGACACCCCAGUUCUGCUGUCAUCCUCUGGGAUCUUCAUGUUUCCUGAUGUCAUGGCUGAGACGCCGGGGUCCUACGUCGGUGUUGUGCUGUCCUCGGAACUGCCUGCAGCGGACAGACAUGCCUUCCAGGACCUGCUCGCACAGCUCACCGAGCUGCGGGUGCAGGAUCCGGAGGAGGAGGGUGCCGAGGUCAUGAACCUGUGUGAGAAAGUUCCCAUUGGUCCCCCGGUGGAUGGGGCGGGACCAGGAACAAGGGAGGAGAAGCCCCCACUGCCUGAAUGGAGCGAGAAGAUGUCCCAAAGCAUUCUGGCAGGUGCUACGUGGCUGAGUAAGGGCUUCGUCCUGGGGGCUGAGGCCACCGGCAAGGCCAUCCAAAAGGGAGCAUCCAAGAUGAGAGAACACAUCACCCCAGAGAAUGUCCCGACCGAGGUCAAACCCAGUGUCACCAAGGGCCUGCAGCACGCCAAACAGGCCACAGGAGGCGCUGUCCGCGUUAGCCAGUUCCUGGUGGACGGAGUGUGUACAGUUGCUGGCUGUGUGGGGGAGAAGCUGGCUCCCCAUAUUAAGAAACACGGCAGCAAACUGAUCCCGGAGUCCCUGAAGAACAGUAAAGAUGGCCGCUCCAACCUGGAAGGGGCUAGGGUGGUGGCUGCCAGCAGCUUGAAGGGUCUCUCCACUAUGUGGGCUGGUUUGGAAACUGGAGCAAAGAACAUUGGCAAGAGUGUUGCCUCAGAGACAGUCACGACUGUGAAGCACAAGUAUGGCGACGACGUGGGCAAGGCCACGGAUACAGGCUUCCAAUCAGCAAUCAAUGUGGGCGUGGCCGCGUUCAACUUCGACAACGUGGGUAUCAAGGGUAUGCUGAAGGCCGCUGCAAAACAGACCUCGAAAUCCGUGGUCAGUGACCAAAACCAGAACAGCCAGGCCACAACCGGAGACGACCACAGCCAGGCCAUCAGGCGAGGACCCUCAACGGGUAGAGAUGGAGUGGAGGAAGAAUGAAGGGAAUCAUGAAUAAAUGUCUAGUUCGUGGCUUGUUAAUGGCCUCUCCGCCAGCCCCGUUCUGUUGCUGCAUUUAGUCUGUACGGUUGGGAUGUGUAUUCAUUAAUAGGUCUUUUGACUGAUCAAAUCAGCUACGAGAAAGAUCUGGUGUGAUGGGUCUCAACGGGUCCUGUGGUGCCUCUGGGAGAAAUGCUGGAGCUCCACACUCACCUCCACUAAGAUGGAUGGAGCUCUCAUCAUGGUGUUUCAUCCGUUGUUUUGGUGUUGGGUGAAGUUGUUCUUAGUGUCUGAUCUUGGGGUUAGUUUAGCAUUUUCCCCAGUAAUAGUUUAGUUUCUAUGUACCAUCUCCCCAGCUGAGAAGGGAUGGAUGUUUUUGUUACAGUUAGAAUGCUGUUCUACAACUCACCAUGGUGAUAACUUAGGAAAACCCACUGUGGCGGUCUCAUAAUGAACUGGAUAUCCAGCUGGAUAUCAGUAUCCGAUCAACAUAUAAAUGUGGGAGGCUUUAGUCCAGAGCAACUCUUUCAUGGGAGUCAAAACCGAAUAGCUCAGGGUUCUAGGAAAUAUGCCCCUUUCAGUCAGAAAUAGGAAUUUACCAAUGAAGUUUGGCGAAUGACCAAUCUCUGUUAACGGUGUUUGCUAUCUGUGUCGUGUCCAUGCGCAAUUAAACGGUAUAUGGGGAUGUUUCACGAGAUUUCACGUUUUAAAACAUGACUUGCACGUCUCUGUUCGUUAAUGCUAGAGGGAAAAAACUGAAAUGAUAUACAAUACCAAAUCAGAGUAUUGUAGGCUACAUUUGUUUCUCCGCUAUUUGCAUAUUAGCGAUCAUAGCUCUACGACUUUUGAUUAUAUGGAACAGAUCUAUUAAUGCAUUCUUCUCAAUUUCCCUUUACUGUAUACAGACUAUUAACCUUAAGUGCGCCUCUGAAUGUUGAUUCCAUAUUGACGGAUUCGUUUUCUCUAACAUUUAAAUUAGGCCAUGUUCUUCAUAUUUGCAUAUUUACUAAUAGGUCCAUAUUCUA